AAUUGCUUGUCUCGUUGUUACGUUCAAUCAUUCCCCGCGAGAGCUACUUAGUUUUACAUCAGACACUAAGACGUUAGAAGUUAUAUUAUUAUCUAAUAAAUUUAAUUGUAAAAUGAUUUUGUGGCUCUUGUUAGUGGUGUUAGUGCUUUGGACUGCACAGUUUAGAUUUAGGAGGAGGAGAAUGUAUAAAAUGGCUUCAAAGUAUCCACAUCCAACGGGUGAAUUACCAUUAAUUGGUAUUGCACAUAAAUUGUCGGGAAAUACGGAAGAUAUAAUGACAAGUUUAAAACAAUUUAGCUACGAAGCCAUGGAGACAAAUGGCAUAACCAGAGGCUGGCUUAAUCAUAUUCUUUAUCUCUUAAUGGUUGAUCCUGUGGAUUUGGAGAUGGUUUUAAAAACGUGCAUGGAAAAGGAUGAUCUACAUAGAUUUAUACGCAAGGUUAUCGGAUACGGCGGUAUUUUUGCACCUGUCCCCAUUUGGCGACGUCGUAGAAAAAUUCUACUGCCAGCGUUUAGCCCUAAAAUUGUUGAGGGCUUUGUAGAAGUUUUUUCGGAACAAAGUCAAAUUAUUACAAGGAAGUUGGCUAGUUUGUGUGGACCAGAACCAUUCAACCUUUGGCCAGUUAUAUCAGCUUAUUCUUUGGAUUCCGUGUGUGAAACAACAAUGGGAGUAAAGGUGAAUGCCCAGAUGGAUUCAAAUUCACCAUUCCUGACUUGUCUGGCAAGCGUUUUAAACAUAAUCUGUGAAAGAAUCUUUCAUUUGUGGCUGCAACCUGACUGGAUGUUCAAAUUCUUUCCACAAUACAGAAAACAUCAAAAAUAUAUAAAAACUUUACACGACUUUACAGAUUUGGUAAUUCGAAAGAAAAGGGAUGAGCUUAAGAAUGAAAAACAAUGUCAACCCGAAGCAGAUAGUCAUUAUGACUUAGGCAUAUAUAAAAGGAAAAGUUUUCUCGAUUUAUUAAUCAGUUUAUCCGGUGGAGAAAAGGGAUAUACCGAUUUAGAACUACGUGAAGAGAUCCUAACUCUAACUAUCGCUGGAACUGACACAUCUGCGGUCUCCAUGUGUUUUACUCUGAAAUUAUUAGCAAAAUAUCCAGAAGUUCAGGAAAAGUUGUAUAAAGAGAUAAGGGAAGUGUUUGGAGAAUCUAAUCGUCCUUUAGUUAAGGGCGACUUACCGAACUUGAAGUAUUUAGACAGAGUGGUCAAGGAGUCUUUAAGAUUGUUUCCACCUGUGCCUUUUGUAAUUCGGAAAGUGGAAUCAGAUAUAACAUUACCAUCAGGCCUGUCUGUUCCUCGUGGUUCCGGAAUAGUGGUUUCAAUUUUUGGAGCACAUCGCGAUCCAAACUACUGGGGCCCGGACGCUGAUCAUUUCGAUCCUGACCGGUUCCUUCCGGAGCGAUUUAACUUACAACAUGCUUGCAGCUACAUGCCGUUUAGUAAUGGACCACGUAAUUGUGUAGGUUAUCAAUACGCCCUGAUGUCUAUCAAGACUGCAAUAACGUCGAUAUUACGCAAUUACAAGGUCAUCGGAGAACCAGAAAAAGGGCCCAUUCCUAAUAUAAGACUCAAACUGGACAUCAUGCUGAAAGCAGUCGAAGGCUACCACGUGGCCCUGGAGAAAAGAAAACCUUCUUCAAGAAUAAUGACAGAACCAGAAAUAGUUGCUACCAGCCUGGAUAGCUGAUGAAAUUUAUCUUGUUUGAAUUAAACAUUACAUUUAAAAGGUUAUUCUAACCUAUUUAUAAAGGUACAUCCCCAGUUUAAUGUAAAUACGUAGUAAAAUUAUAUUAUAAGUCAAUUAAUUAGUGA